AUGCUGGCCGUGGCGUCAUCGUCCGAGCUGGUGCCGGGGGAGCUGAUCCUGGUCCGAUACGGGGGGGCCGCGCUCUGGCAUGAGCGCCUGCUGUGCUGGCCGCUCCCUCCGAAGGCUUCGGGCGUCGUGGGCUGGAUCGUCAGUACGCCCGAUGCGGACCAGUACGCGGAGUCGAUCGUGGGGGGCGAUCCGACUGAUAGCCCUGUGGAGUGGCUUCGCCUUGCAGCUGAUGGCCGCUUGCCGCGCGGUGUUCGGGGCGACAUCUACACUUUCGCUGCCGGCGAGCUGGGCGACGGGCACCUUCGCACCGAGAUCACGCGCGCGGCCACCUACGCGGCCAAGAUCGCGCCUGGGACGGACGAGGCUCCCGCCACCUGCCCGAUCGUGCGUCUUGCCAACGGUCAGCGCGCGGGCGUCGAGGACCUCCUCGGUGCCGCCUUCAUCCAGCACGCGCUGCGGCUGCCGGAUGGAGGUUCCGCAGCGCCGCGCCGAGGCGAGGCAGGCGCUCUGGUGGUUGGCGGCACCGGCACGCCUGAGACUAGAGUCUGGCGCGUCGUCGAGUCCGACAACGUGCUGGGGUGCGAGCUGGGCCGCGAGGAGCCGCCGGACUUCGUGGCGCGCAUUUCGCCCCGAGGGAAGGCGGACACCCCUGCUCCGCCAUCGGACGCCCGACCGCCCCUCGCGAAGCGCGGCGCUGGAGGCAGGGGGCGCGACUGGAAGGACGUCGUCGACAGCUGCCAGCUGGAGGACUUCGAGGCGGCGAUUCGCCGCGUUCAGACGAUCGAAUGGGCCUACCAUGACAAGAUCAGGGAGACGGACGCGGGUUCGAGCAGCCGCCUGUCGAUCGAGGAGGCCACCGCCUUCUCGGGGCUCAGCCGCGCGGGCGACUUGCCGAUGGCGGUGCCGUCGUUCUUAGACCACGCGAAGGCCAAGGUGGAGAAGGGCGCCGCCCUCAUGAAGAACAUUCGGAAGACGAAGGAGGAGCGCGAGCUCCGCCGCAAGCAGAAGGACAAGCCGGG